UAGUAGAAAAAAGCAGGGAAUUUUUGUUCAAAAUGUUUUGAUUUAAUUGAAGAGCUUAGUGCUAAAAGCACUCUAGUCACACAAAAAUUGUUUUAAGAAUUUACUUUGAUCAGAGAUAAAACACUUUAAAAUAAAAAUUUAAAACGGCUGAACAGUAGAAACAAUUGAAAAGGAUAUGACAACUUCGUAACCCAAUAUGCCUAUAUGUAGUUAGUGGAGGUUUUGUGUACAAAUAACAAAUAAGUGAAAGGAAGUCGAUAUGGAGAACACAUCACAUUCCGAACUUCAGUCAGACAACGCAAGGGCAGUCGCAUUCACACCACGAAGCAAACGGGCUUUACUCAUAGGUAUCAACACAUAUAUCAGCCCUCUUUUCAACAAUCUCGCUGGUUGCGUCAAUGACGUGUGGUUGAUGUUCAAGCUAUUAACCGAAACAUUCCAGUUUCCGCCGGAGAACGUCGCCGUGCUGACCGACGACAGUGCCGAGACACCAACGAGGGACGGUAUUCUGCGCGCACUCAGUCGACUUGUCUCUGAAACCGGCGAUGACGACCUGGUCGUCGUUUUCUACGCAGGCCACGGAUCCAGGCGCCGAAACUCCGCCAAAGCUGAUGGUUACAAUGAAACAAUCGUGCCGAGAGACUCGGGAAGGACUCGCGGACAUAACGCAGGUGAACAGUUUACCAUUAACCGAGAUAUCACCGACGACGAACUGAACGAGCUGAUGCUCCGUCCUCUCACGUCAAAAACUUCCAAUUUAGUCUUGAUAUUCGACAGCUGUCAUUCUGGUCAUAUUCUCAGAGAGGUAGAUCUGCCUAGUGCGAUGGCGCGUUUCGUGGAAGCCGACGAAUGCGACGCGUUCACUAAUGAAUCUCUAGACGCUCCAUCAGAACAGGUUUUUUCUGCUCGAUCCGUGAGUCGUACCGUGAAAGGAGCUAGCGGCUGGUUACUUCCAAACGAUCAAUAUGUUUUACUAGCAGCCUGUCAAGCUCACGAAAAAGCAAACGAGAAACACGUCACCUUCAUUGAUGCCCUCAAUACAGAAGUUCUGAUACACGGCGCUUGGACAUAUGAACUUUGCCGCGCAAUUUUGGCUGACACACAGACAGAAAACAGCACAUAUCGUUCAGUUUUCGAACGGGCUUUCCCUUUGGUAACAGAAGCUUUUCCCGCGCAACAUCCCACGAUGGAGGGAGUUCUCAACCGUGCCGUCUUCGGUGUGCAUACGGUGCUCACGAUGCCUUACGCGGUUGUGGUGGCAAAAAGAGGGAAACAAGUGCAGCUAUCCUGUGGAGCGGCGCAUGGAUUCAGUUUAGGCUCUCAGUUCGUUCUAUGUUCAAAGGGAAUCAAGAUAAGGCCUUCAAAUGAUGACGCUGCUGUUAUCGGAAUGAUCGCAAUUUCUGAAGUCGGUGCGGUUACAAGCUGGGCAUGCAGUAUUGAAUCUGAUGCGGAUUUAGAUCAGGUAGAUAUUGGCAGUCCUGUGUUUGAAUCGGCUCAUGCGUUUGACGAGCUCAAAAUUGGCGUUAGAGUUGUCAUAUCUCAGAGUUUGAGACAGUGGGUAGCAGCAAACGAACAGUCAACUCUUGAACUGGACAAUCUGAAUACUUAUUGCUUGGAGAUCGCAGCCUUUGUUAAAGGAAGCUCUGUUUUGUUCUUGGUUGAGGCCGAAGACAAAAGACAUGAUUGCAUAACUAUUCAGUUGUCAUUGCUGCACGGAGCCAGUCAACGUACUGUUCCCGACUAUAAAUGCAAACCAUAUUUCUUCGUGUAUGGAGCAGAUGGUCAGUUAGAGAUUGAGAAACCACUCGCAGUUGAUUCUUUUGGUAUUUGCGAUUUGAAAAAUAAGCUCGAAUUAUUAGGGAAAUAUCACAGGGUGUUGAGAUUAAAUAACAGUUAUCAAAAAAAUAAUCCGAUCCAAGAUAGGGUGGAAAUGCAUUUGACCCGACGUAUUACCGAGGACAGUGCUUGGAUGGAUGUAUUGGACGAGCCGAAAUCAUUGUUCCCAACAUUUUAUGAAGAUCAGUUCGUUGGGGCAAAAAUAAUUAAUAAAAGUUUUUUAUCCGUUGAAAUUGCACUCAUUGAACUUGCGGAAGACGGAUCCGUCUGUGUUCUUCAUCCUCCAAAUGGCACUACUGAAACUAUUGAACCUGGAAGUUCACUUUUUGUGGGCUCUGAAUGGGGUGCACUUGAAGUAGCUUCGUCUUUAAGAUCUCAGGAAAUCUUGAAGCUUUUUGUUACAACUGAAAAAACGGACUUCGCGAUAUUAGAACAAGACCAUUUCCGCGGAAACUUUGCAUCUUCUUUGGAAGAACUUCUCGGUACGAACGCAAUGCGACUUGUAGGUAAAAGAGCCAAGAAAGAUAGUUUUUGGACCACAGUACAGAGAAGUUUUAAAAUUUCAAAAAAAAUGCAGCGUUCAAUUGUUGCAGAAAUUUAUCAUUCAAAUGGUUCACCGAAUGGUGAACACACAAGUCUACGUGAAACCUGUCAAGAUAGUCAAUUUAUUAAUUUCAGUGCUGAUAACGAAAUUGCUCUCGCAAAUAUGUCUCAGUGUACUUCAUCUAAAACUAUUGCAUUGUUGCUGACAGCAUUGUUCAAUUCAUUUGAGGUGGGCCACACCGAGAAGGCAUCCAACUCGUGCGUGAAUCAUUUUUAUGAACAGGUUAAUCUGCAUACCAUGAACAAUUCCUCAACAAAUGCGGAAAACACAACAUUAUUUAAAGAUUUCAUAGGGCGUCUGUUAUCCGAGCCAGACAAUAUUCCACCAGUCUACCAGAUGGUUCGCGCAAUAUGGUUUGACGAUGACUCUGCAAAUAAAAACGGGUGUCAAGAACUGCAAAAUCAAUUGUCGUUUAUUGGCUUUUCUGAACUUGUGCGCUAUAUGGAUCCGUCACAUUACAGUACUGAAUAUGCCAAAGCCCAUUACAAUAUUGGCCUGAUUUUGAGCCAAAAUAGUUAUGAUCUUCUUAGCGCCAAAGAAGCUAUUAAGCAUUACGAACUAGCGCUUGAAGUCUGGAAAAAAGAAGUGUACGCUGUUGAUUACGGUCAGACGUUGUUGGCAAUUGCUGAUGUUCACUCAAAUCUGUUCGAACAAACUGAAACUAUGAUUGAAAAGUUACAACACGCCAAACAAGCUAUUACACUGUAUAAGAGUGCUUACGCAGUUCUACAAGCAGCGUCAUCAACUGUAGUAAUUAAUGUUAUUUAUAACCUUACGUCUGUGCUAAGUAGACUAGCCGUAAGUGAUCUAGGCGAUGAAUUCACCGAAGAAACCAAUUUUGCUCUACUUCUAAUAGAAAAUACAAUAUCCUCGCUCAGAAGUCAACCACUAACAAAUGACACUGCUGAAAUGCUGGUCGAUAUAAUAAAUGCCGAAUAUGAACUGUUGAAACGUGACAUAGCUCUACCCUGGCAAGAAAACAUAAUAAACAUAUGCGACGAAAUACUCAGAUCACAAUGCAUCGAUAACCAAUGUCGAAUUAAUUGCAACAAGCUGAUGGGUGAUGCAUUUAGAUCGAGACUGGUUGGAAGUCGGGAUGAAAAUUUGCAACGUGCUGCUGAGCAUUUACUAGUGGCUGCCGAACUAGAUUUGUGUCAGCUUGACCGUGACUAUUCUAACGAUCGUUUCGCUGAAUGUGUUAUAAACCUUGGAGCAACGGUCGACGAGCUGAGGCAUAUAUCUAUUUCGCCAGAAAUAGAUGUUUGCGUCGAAAAAUCCAAGAAGUUGCUGGAAUGGGUUGUCGGUGGUAGCCUCGCAUUGACAAAUGAUGAGCUAAAAGCAGCUGCUCUUUAUAAUCUCAGUAGUUUUGUCGAUGGUAAUUUUGAACAACUGCAACAUAUAUUGCCUAUGGCUGCUGACUAUGCACCACGUGUGUGCGCGCAUAUAAAAGCUGACCUCGCACUGGAGUUGCUCUCAAAGUCUUUCCCUAAAGUUGAUGGAUCAUUGUUCGAAAAAGUCACCAAUAACGCUGCAGAAAGCAGCACUUUUGAUACAAUCGGUAUUUGUUGUUUACAGCCAGCGAAAGGAUUUGACACAACGCGUUUCGAAGAAUUAGAAUGCCACGGAGGAACAGCAUGUGGUCAUACAGAUAACGUUCUGCGCUAUCUGCAAGAAGCGGAAGAACUGUUGCUUGUCGAUAGAAACCUCGAUAUGGGUUACAUAAAAAACCUUGGUACAAUGGGAAGAUACUGGGCUACGCACUGCAAGUUAUCGUUAAGCGAAAAAAUGAAUCGGGCAUGGGAUUCGUAUCUAAAGGCCAUAGAGGAAGUGGAAAGAUUGUGGCCGCUGUAUAACGUUGACGCUCAAGUUACGUUAAUGAAUGAAAUUGGUCAACUAUGGGAAGAUGCUUUGGACGUUGCAAUAACUCGGUAUUUCUCGCAAACUGAACAACAUGCGCGAACAAUAUGUCAGCACAUAUUUUAUAUUUUAUGUAGUGCCAAAUCUCGCAAUCUUCUAGCCGCCUUGCGCACAUUGUCGUCCAGCGCCCUACACAUAUCACAAGUUAUGCAGGCUUGUACGACGCCUUCUUCAACAUCACUCUCUGCAGUUAAAACAUUGGCAGUUGUUUCAACGUGGCGUUCAAGUGUCGGAACUUUUUCGGUUUUACAAUCUGACGUCGUGCAAAAUCUACAAGAAGAUGAAGUAGUCGUGGAAUGGUGGAUGUCAAACAAGCAUUUCGCAUUUUGCAUUGUUUAUUCCAAAACUGGAAACUUUCACAUAUGCCGUAUGUGGAACAGAGCAGAAAUAGCUCAGCUAUAUAAGCUUUGUUUAGAAGCUCAAGGCAAUCGAAACUUCCAUUCUUGGACCCAAAAAUUCAUCCAUCGCUUGUCCAAAGCCUUGUGUUUGGAAGAAUUGUACAAGUUUUUGACUGGAAACUUCCCAACUGCUACCAAGCUGUUCCUUGUACCUCAUGCCUAUCUGCAUUGCUGUCCAAUUCACACUCUGCCUAUCUUUGAAGAUAAAUUAUUUUGCCUGCUUGACGUAUUCCCCGGUGGAGUAUCAUUCUUACCAAAUUGCAAUAUUUUGGAAUAUUUGCGUCAAUCACAUGUGAACAAUACGCAAUCAAAACUCCAUGCGUUUUUAUUUCAGGCAGAUCCAAAACAUGACCUUCCUUACUCACGCCAGGAAGUAUGCAAUAUUGAGGAUGUCGUAAAAGCAACUCAGAUAACGUGCAACAUAAGUAUGAACACGACUGCUGAAACUUUCACAAGUAUAAUGCCAUCUAUGGCCGACGAUCAACGUCAUAGCGAUGACCGUUUCGCUGCACCAUUCCUGCUGCACGUCGCAUGUCAUGGAGAAUACAUUGACGAUAAACCGGAAGAUUCGUAUUUGCUAUUUGAAGACGGCAAGUUCACGAUGACCCAGUUCCGUAGCAUAUCGCUGGCUUCCUGUCAACUGGCCGUGCUGUCCGCCUGUAAAUCAGGACUUCGUGACUUCUCGCGCACGCACGUGACCGACAUCUUCAUCGGGUUUGGAGCUCAAUUUAUUGCUAAAGGCUGUAAAAACGUUCUGCUCGCUCUAUCUCCAGUUGCCGAUCAGUCGACAGCAGAGCUAAUGAGACAUUUUUACGAAGGAUUUUUCAACGAAAAAAAAUCAGUAGCUUCGUCUCUACGCAAUGCUCAGAUGAAACUUCGUGACCGCGCUUCAUCGCUGCCUUCUGAAAAACGGGACAAUGGCGUCGAGCGCCUUGUCGGAAAGAAAACUAGCACCAUAGGAGCUCGAGCUGGCAGUCGAUGGUCGUAUGCUCCUUUCGUUCUCCUUGGAGCUGGCGAAUACAAAUUGAGCAGUGAAAACUAAGUUCAGCCAACUGACUGACUGGUAUGACAUGACAUUAAAAUUCGCAGGUGUAUUGGCUUUUGUGAACCUAUGUUGAGUGAUAUAAUUUUGUGACAAUAUAUCUUAUGGCAAAUGAUAUUAAGUUGA